CCAAGUUAAGCCUCUUUUUCGUUUUCAUGGCCGCCGCCAUUUCCUGAAUUUUGCUGCAAGUUAUCAUUAAAAAAAAGGAGCAAAUACUUCUUAAUUCAACACGUUGUUUAGUAGUGUAACUGUGCAAGUGAAAAUAUCAAAAUAUGGGGGACAGUGAAGAUGAAUAUGAUAGAAGAAAAAAUCCACGAGAUAAAUUUCGUAGAGAGAGAAAUGAUUACGACAGACGUGAAGAAAGAAGAAGAGAUUCAUGGGAUCAUGAUAGUCGUCGACCAACAAGAUCUCGGGACUGGAGUAGUAGAAGUCGUGAGAGGCACGAAGGAUCAUACAGAGAUUAUGAUUCUAGAAGACAUGAUAGAUUCAGUCCACAGAGAAACGACAUGAGUCCACCGCAAGCCAAAAGAAUGAGAAGAGGAUUCAACAGGGACGAUAGUUACCAGCCAUACGAUCUGCCAUAUAAUGGUCCAGCACCACCACCUAAUCAUUGGGGCGGUGGUGGGCCAAGUCCUGGUGAAAUGGGUGGAGGGGGUAUGGGUCAUGGCCACGGCCAAUAUGGUGGACACCAAUCUAGAGAUGUAGACUAUCCUACCCAGCCAGCUAUGAUGACAUUCAAGCAGUUUUUAUCCCAACAGGAUGAUAAUAUCGACGACCAGUUGGCCAUUAAAAAAUAUAAUGAGUACAAGAUUGAAUACAAACGUCAACAGAUUAGUGAAUUCUUCUUGCAGCACAAGGAAGAGGAAUGGUUCAAACUGAAAUAUCACCCAGAAGAAAGUGGAAAGAGAAAGGCAGAGUUAAAGUUUGCGUUAGAGAAAAGAUUACAGGUGUUUAACGAAUUAUUAGAGUCAGGAAGAGUUGGACCCAUCGUCCUCGAGAUCGAUCGUGCUGAGGAAAUCAUUAAACUUCUAGAUGCAGCGGUUAUAAAGAUGGAAGGAGGAACAGAUUUUGAUCUGACGGUACUGGAUAUUGUAGAGGAAAAAGAAAGUUCUAGAAGUAGAAAUAAUUCAGAGACUGUCGCAGAUAAAACAAGUCCAAAUUCAAAGAAAGAAACAGAUGAAGACAAAGAUAAAGAGAAACCCAUGAAGAUGGCAAUUACACCAGAACAAGAGGAAUUACAGAAAAAAGCUCAAGAAUUCUCAAAACAACAGGAAGAGAUGGCCAAAAAACAAAAGGAGGAGGAGAAGACGAAGAAAAGAUCAAAGAGACAUCGUGAUAAACCAGACUAUAGUUUUGACAGUGCUACAGAAUCAGAAUCCGCUUCUGGAUCUGACUCAGAACCUGAACCAGCUCCACCUGGUGUGGAUGAAAAUCAAGAAAAGGCCACGCCAAUUGUUACUUCUCCUGACGCAGACAAUAAAACUGAGAAAGAAGAUAAUCCUGAAGGUGAGGAAAAAGAAGUAGAUACAAAAGAGGAAGCUGAAGAAGAGAAGGAUCCAAAACCGAGAGCUCUACAUAAAACACAGUCUAUAUUUUUACGUAAUCUUGCCCCUACUAUAACUAAACAGGAAAUAGAAGCUAUGUGCAAGCGUUUUCCUGGUUUUACCCGAGUUGCAUUACAAGAUCCACAACCAGAACGUAGAUUUUUCAGACGAGGCUGGGUAACCUUUGAAUCAGGGGUCAACAUUAAAGAGAUCUGUUACAGUCUCAACAAUAUACGAUUACGAGAUUGCGAACUUGGAGCCACUUUAAAUCGAGAUUUGAAGCAAAGAGUUCGACCUGUUACUGUUUUAACCAAUCAUAAAGCAGUUGUAAGAAAGGACAUCCAGACAGCUGCUAAAAUUAUCCAGAAUUUGGAUCAUAAAUGGAAUUUAUGGCCGGAUCCAAAUGCGGAAAAGAAAGAUGAUGAGAAAGAGGUUGAGAUGAAUUUAAUGUUAUCACGGAAUCCUGUAUUAAAAAAUAUAACCGAUUAUUUAGUUGAAGAAGGAUCAUAUGAAGAAGAAGAAUUAUUAGGUCAGAAUACAGAAGAAGGACCUAAAGAAGCCAAUCCUGAGAUUCAGAUUGAUAAAGAUGAAAAUCUCAUAAAGGCAUUGGAUAAGAUGAUUUUAUAUCUGCGUAUUGUACAUUCAAUAGAUUUUUAUAGUGCUAAUGAGUAUCCUAAUGAGGAUGAGAUGCCCCACAGAUGUGGUAUAAUGCAUGGACGACUGUCUAUACCAGUUGGUAAAUGUACUGAGCAAGAUGUAACUGAUUGGAUCAGUCAUUUUGAAUCUAAAACAGAAUAUUUGGUUAAAGUAAAUACCAAGGUGAAUGAUGAAGAGGCUCAGAAAUUAGGAAAGAAAGAUCCUAAUGCAGAAGUAGAGAAGUUUAUCCAGUCCAACUGUCAAGAGUUGAGUAAAGAUAAAUGGCUGUGUCCGCUGAGUGGAAAGAAGUUUAAAGGGCCUGAAUUUAUACGUAAACAUAUCCUGACCAAACAUAAUGAAAAGGUUGAAGAGGUCAAACAAGAGGUUUCUUUCUUCAAUAACUAUCUAAUGGACCCUAAACGUCCCCAGUUACCAGAACAUCCAGGUAGCAAGUCGUCCAGUGGUAACCGUGGUGAUAACCAAUCAGUAUAUCAACAUCAUCAACCAGGCAUGAUGGGAGGUUAUAAUCAACCUCGACAUAUGAUGUAUGGGGGUGGUGGCCCUCCAAGUCAUUAUGGAUCACAGCAAUAUGGUGGUGGGGGUAGAGAUGGUCGUCAUGACAACUAUAAUAAUAGGAGGAGUGGUGGAUAUAGCAAUAACAGACCAUACAGUCGGCGAUCAGAUCCGCGAUCCAUCAUUGAAUAUCGUGAUCUAGAUGCACCAGAUGAUGGUGAUAUUUUUUAACCAUUGAGAACAAGUGUAACAUAUAACCUAUUGUAUAUAAUCAUGUAUCAUUUUUAUACACUCACACUGAAAUGUGGUCAUGUAUUGUCCUCAACCUCAUCUGUCCGUCCAUCAUCCACAAUUACAUGAAAUGUAUACACAUUGUCUUAGUUCUUAAGGCGAAGAAGCCUAUUGAUCUGAUUACCGGUACAUGUUAAGACGAAAAAAAACUAGAUGUUGAACAAAUUUUAAUUAUUUCUAAUAGUUUCUUGAAGGGUUGUGACAACCUUUAUAGACCGCUCGGAUCAGACCACUUAGCUGCUGUGUGCGUUUGUUCCACUGCCUGGCAACGUAUCUUAUUGUCUGUUGUUUUGUCUGUGUAUUAAUUUUAUCUAAUAAUAAAGAUAGAAGUGUG